UAAAAACCUCUGUUUAAAACCUCCCUCAGAGCCACUCUCUCGCUUUCCCAUUUCCCAUUCUCUCUCAGUUGCUUCUGCUGCUGCAUUUAUUUGUGCCUUAGCCAUUUUCUCUAUCACACGCCGUUCAAAGUUUCACCCGACUAUCUCGCCGGCAGCAAUGGCAGCUUCCGGCGAUUCCUCGAUUUUCACGACUCGGACUCCGAUUCUCAAUCAGAGGCUAUACGUGGUCAUAAUUGCAACCGUCUUCCUCGUGCUUGCCGCUUUCCUUGUGAUUCUUUUGUUCUUCCGUAGCCGGAGAUCCAAACGACGCCGCAUUGCCGUCAGGCAAACCUCUGGACUUCUGCCGCUUGUCGGCGGGGAGAUCGGAGAGGUUAAGCCGUCGGAUCGAAGUGAAGGAAUCCACGAUAAAGGUAGAGACUUUCUGAUCGGUGACCUGGAGAAGGGGCUGGAAUUUAAGUCGGACAGCAAGAAGGGGAGCUCGGAAUCGAGCACGAGCAGGAGCGAGACCUCUUCGGCGUCCACCGCCGACGGCGUGGGAAACUUCAGUUGGGGGAGGUGGUACAGCUUGACUGAGCUCCAAAUCGCGACGAAUCAGUUCUCAAGAGAUAACGUGGUUGGAGAAGGAGGCUAUGGUAUUGUUUAUCGUGGGGUUCUCGGCGAUGGUUCUGUGGUCGCCGUAAAAAAUCUUCUCAACAGCAAGGGUCAAGCAGAGAAGGAAUUUAAGGUCGAGGUUGAAGCCAUUGGAAAAGUAAAACACAAGAACCUGGUGGGUCUCAUAGGUUAUUGUGCAGAAGGAGAGCAACGGCUGCUUGUGUAUGAAUACAUUGAUAAUGGGAAUUUGGAGCAGUGGUUGCAUGGCGAUGUGGGGCCUGUGAGUCCUUUGACUUGGAACAUCCGCAUGAAAAUUGCGACUGGGACAGCUAGAGGACUUGCGUACUUGCAUGAAGGGUUAGAACCUAAAGUUGUUCAUCGUGAUGUGAAGUCCAGCAACAUACUAUUAGACAGGAAAUGGAACGCCAAAGUAUCGGAUUUUGGACUCGCCAAAUUACUUGGAUCUGAGAAAAGUUAUGUUACUACUCGAGUGAUGGGCACAUUUGGUUAUGUCUCCCCUGACUAUGCAAGCACUGGUAUGCUUAAUGAGGGAAAUGAUGUGUACAGCUUUGGGGUUCUACUCAUGGAAUUAAUAACUGGAAGGAGCCCAGUAGACUACUCCAAACCACCUGGAGAGAUGAACUUAGUUGAUUGGUUCAAAGGAAUGGUGGCAAGUCGACGUGGGGAAGAGGUUGUGGACCCCUUGAUAGACGUUCCUCCCCCCUCAAGAAGUUUGAAGAGAAUAUUGUUGCUUUGCCUUCGAUGUAUUGAUUUGGAUGCCAAUAAACGUCCAAAGAUGGGACAGAUUGUUCACAUGCUUGAGGCAGAUGAAUUUCCUUACCGUAGUAUGGAACCUCGCUCUGUUCGAGAUAUGGCUUCUUUUCGUUCCGAAGCUUUUGGCAACAAUGAGAAUGAAUCAUCAAAAAGGAAAGAAGUGGAUGGUGGUGAAGGAAAAUUUAGGUGGAGGUGAUUAACUUUAAUGAGUGAAAAAAAAAAGGUAUACUGCGUUCUAUUGUCAAUACUUACUGAGUAUAUGGUGUGUUUGUAUGGCUGAGCUUUCCUUGUACAAUGAUAUUUUAUACUUUUGGUUUUCAUGCAUACUCUACGUGUAGCUGUUGUUUUGUAAAUAUAUUUAGCUAUAAUAUGUUGUUACUGGACAAUAAUUUUCUCAGUUUAUUUGCCCUCAUUGUAUUCUAAGAAAAAAUGAAAGGCUCAAGUUUGAACACCAUAAACACCAAGCCAUUUAUGAUGAUGUACUGGGGAUUCCUAUUUCCUUGUCUAAAACACUCGAUGACUAAAUAAAAUCGUGUUGUCUUUGAUCCCAAA